AUGUUGAAGUAUACAGACGUUGAUUUUCGUAAAUUAACAGGUUUUCAUAAGAGUCAGUUGUCCCAAAUCGCGAAAGCCUUGAAAAUACCAAAUAACGUCGCCAACUUCGCGUUGACACCCGAUGAGUCCUUUUUCAUUUUCCUUGUUCGCCUUCGCAAUGGCUGCAAUUAUAGCGCUCUUUCGGGGCUCUGCAAUAGAGAGAUAUCGACAAUUUCCAAGGUGGUUUCUUUCCUCACCUGUUAUCUGUAUCAUAUCGUAAAACCAAAAUUAGCUGUCACUAGCGCAACUUGGCUACCGGAUCGAUUGACAGACAUUGACAGGGCACUUGUAGAGGCCAACAAAUCAAUCGAAGACCCAAAGGUUGUCGCCUUCAUCGGUGGUACUCAUAUGAAAAUUGCUCGGCCUUACAAUAACACUCAGCAUGGAUAUGGAGUUGCCCCAAACGCUGUUUACAGUGGUCACAAAAGAACCCAUAUUUUGAAAUACCAAGCAGUAACCACUCCCGAUGGAAUUUGCGUUGACCUUGCGGGCCCUUCAGUAGGAAGUCAGUAUGAUUCAUUCAUGUUCAUGUACAGUGGCUUGUAUGAUAAACUCAAUGGUUUAAAAUUUGACAAUGAGCAAUACAAGGUGUAUGGAGGUCCUGCAUACAGAAGCUCUGACGUCCUGGUAGUUGGGUACAAGGGCCAAAUGCUGACCCAAGACGAAAAAAAGCAGAACAAGAUUAUGGCAACAUCUCGGGUUUCCGUUGAGUGGUUUUUUGGUGCUGUAAAAAAUAACUUCUGUAUCUUUAACAGUAGUGGUGUGAGGGGAUGUGGGGCUUAUUUUCUUAUAGCGACAUUUUUGACAAACAUCAAGCACUGUUUGGAGGGAUCACAGGCCUCCAAGUACUUCCAAGUUGUUCCCCCAACAUUGGAAGAAUACAUGGAUGAAAUUAACUUCCCCAAAUUCUUCGACGAUGUUUUAAUUGAUCCAGCUGGAAGCGGGUGCAUCUAUUCUAUGCAACAGAAAAACAUAGUUUUCGAUCAUUUGAGUGAUCUCAGGACGAUACAUACUGGUCUUUCAACUUAA